AUGGCGGCUGAGACACGAAAGCUUUCUGCUGUUCUUUUUUUGGUAGCCUGUGCCAUUUUUGUGCCCCAGGGGAACGGUGGAAAUUUGUUAGAUCCAACCUUAAUUGGGAGAGAGUUGCAGUCGUUUGCUAAUGAUGCUCUUGGAGUGGAUGACCUUCAAGUAAGACUACAUCUCUACUAAUUUAAGCUUUGACUGAUCUUCAACUAUUGAAAUAUUCAAUGAUCAGUCUUCUGUCAGGUGUAUUACACAUGGUGAUUGCACAUAAUCAAAGUUAAGCUCAAUUCGAUAAGUCAGCUGACAAAGUUGAUUACUUGUGCAAAUCUGAAACGCUGAGUAUACGUGGGAAGUUCAUUAGACAUUGAUUUUGCGACAUACGAAAAGGGAAGCUCGAGAUUAAUUCCGCUUUGUGGUUUUAGAGUUAGCGUUUAGCGUACAAAACAAAUCGACACAGCACAGUGCACGUCGCUUAGAAAGUGAAUUGGCGUUCUUUAAAUCUCCAUCGCGAAUAUUUGAAAUGACUUUUUAAUACAUUUAUCAAAUGUAGGCGAAGUCUCCUGGAUCCUGGAAUUGAAUUCCUUUUGAAACAUAUCCAAGUUCGGAAAAAGAAAGAAACUUUCUUCGUUAAGCGUUUUUACGUCCUCUAUUAAAAGGGAAAUCAGUCGUUUUUACGUCGUGGCUUUGAAGUAACGGCAAAGGAAUGUAAAAGAAUAGUGUGCUGUUCAUGCUGAGUUGUUGUUUUACGUAUAAACCUAUUGCUUUCUUGAAGUCCUUGUUGUCGUCACCGUUGUUGGAUUUUAAUGUCCCCUUUCUUGUUACUGAAAGCGGCGACAGCCCUAAAAAAGGAUGUCAGCGAAUAUAUAUGUAAUGUAUUUAUAUGAAAUCUCAGAUACACUACGGUCGGCCUUAAAAGCGUAUUGGGCUUUUAUCUAGCUGGACCAAUAUCUGUCGGCGGAAUUCCUGAGAAACAAAUUUAGGUGAUCUUUAAUUUUUCAGAUUUCUGACUAAAACCAUAUCAGCGUCGGAUCUUUUAAUGGUUUUCCUUACAGAACUACUAACUUAAAGUUUACUGGUACGUUUCCUUUUUUUAACAUAUUGAAGGAUAUUAGUGAGUGAUUACUACUCAGCCAGAAACUGGAAUAUGAAUGAAGUCAGAGCAAAAGUAUUGGAAUUACAGCGUUCACGGUCCGCUAUGAGGCAAAACAUAGUUGGUGAUAAUCGCAUUCAAAAAUACUUUCAAUUUAAUUCACAUUAAAUUUAGAACUAAACCGUUAAUGAGUAAAAAUAACUCGAAAGGAUUCUCUAUACUAAAUUUCCUGUAUUUUUUUUCUUGGCACAAAGGGACCAUAUAUGGUCAUAUUAACUACGAUAUUGUGAAUGAACGCGCCAUAACAUCAAGAGUAAACCAAAAGACAAACAGCUCGCUUAUUUUCUCUUGAGUGAUCUAAGAACUUAGAGCUGAUUUUUCUCGCAAAGGACAAAUUGCGACCUAAGAAAAGAAGUUCUUAACUGAUAAGUCAAAUGCAAUAAUUUAGAGGGUGCAGAAGUGCGCAUGCGUCAUGAGCGUCUUAAUACCGUGGUUAAAAAAUCGAAGAAGUUGUGGUUUUCGCACAAUUAUGAUUAGACAACUGAGAUCAAGCCUUUAUCGCCAGCUAAAACAUUCUUCUUGUAUUUGUACACUAACUACAACAAUACAAUGAUUCUCUGAUCAUGACAAUGUUGUUGAUACCGAAAUAUAACAUUUUUACCCUGUAUUUUGUCACUGUUGUCUAGCUAUUUUGACUACGUACUGAGACUAUCAAAGGAAAAUUUUUGGUUAUUUUAUUUUAUUUUUUACAGACGUAUUUUAAUCAACUGCAGUAUCAGACGAAUAAACUAGAAGGAAACACGGCAGACCUUUCUGUGAACCUCAGAAACAAGUUCCAAACAAGAUUUGCAGUCACAAAACGACUUAAAGAUAAAGUUGAAGCUUUAUACGCCAAGCCUCCGAAACCCACGACAGCAAAACAAUGCUGUGAUAUCGACAAAUCCACCCUGAAAUACGAUGAACUUUUCCGCACCAAAGUCGACCCUAACAACAUUUGUUUGAAGAUUUCUGGUGCUGCAACCCCAAACCCUAGACAUUUGGAGGCAGAGGAAAUUUUAAAAGAAAUGAAAGACAUUCAUACAAAAAACCCCUUUAUCAAGUGGCAGUACUUUGCAUCUGUGGAGGGUGUCUAUACAGGUUUUCCAGUGUUUGACGAUCCAGCCCCAUGUGACUUCUACGAUCAUCGAUACAGACCAUUUUAUGUUGAAACCGCCACCCCUGAAGCUAAAGAUGUUGUGUUGGUUAUCGACUCAAGUGCGUCUAUGACUGGAAAAAAGUUUACUACUGCUAAAGAAGCAGCAAAGACGGUGUUAGACUCGUUGAAUCCUAAAGAUCAGGUGGGUCUUCAAAAACGUGUUUGACAAUGAUAAUAACUGAAGAGGUUUGAAUAAACGAAACUUGUCUUAAGGCUAAAAUAAAAAUUCUUCCAAAUUUGGUCACCGGUAACUGGUUAUGGUGAAUUAUGCGUGUGCUUUUAGCCAAUCAGAUUCGGGGAAAGAUUUUGAAUGAAUAAUAAUUUAAUUUAAUGGCAUAAUUUGUAAAAGAAUUACAGUGACCCCAUAUAAAAAAAAUCACCUUAAAUCACCUUAUAUAACGUUGGUAGGGUUGUCUUCUUCAACAAGGUCUCGUAACUUGAUUUAUCAUCCUUAAAUACCGCUCGCAAUUCCCAGUUUCUCUUGCGUUCCUUUCAAUUUGCACUUGUCGGAUGCUCUUAUGCAUAACCAUGCAAUUGAACAAUAGUUCAACCCAGGAAGACAGAAGAAGCAACUUGGUCUUCACUGAACCAGUUUCCUCAUCCUUGCCAGAACUCCAGUCUUAGAAUUGGCUUUGGAGCACAUUAACUUAACAUAGUCACGAAAAUUAAGUUUGUUAUCUAGAACGACUCCUAAUAAUUUCAGAGAGUUUAAGCAUUCGAUCUCCUCGUGAUCAACAGUGACACGUGUCUCCGAUGUGUCCUUAGCUCUGGGAGCUAAGAAAAUUGCUUGAAACUUAUCUUUGUUUGCUAGAAGGAAAUUGUUUCUGUACCAGUCAGUCACUAUCACUGCUUCAUUGUUUAAGGCUGACACGACUUUGGUAAGCGAGUGAUCAUAUAAAUUAUGUGCAUAGUUGAUGAUCGUCCACGUACAUAAGUAGAUCCCAGUUGUUUAUGCUGUAGUAUAAAUCAUUUUAAAAUAUGUUCCCCAGCAGGGGUCCAAAGCACGAACCUUGGGGACAUCCCUCCCUUUAGUUUUGCAAAACACUUGUAGAAGUGGAGAGUUUGACCCUGCCUUGCCGACCCUGGAAAUACGAACGUAGCAGUUGUAGCCACUCAUAUAAAAAAUUAUAAGCUUCUAAUUUCUUUAUCAUCACAGCAGGCAACAGAGAGUCAAAAGCCUUACUGGUAUCUGUGGAAAUAACUCCCACAUAUUUUCCAUCGUCAAUAGCAAAUUUCCAAUCCCCGAAUAGUCUAUCUUAGUCCUUCCCUGUAGGCCGAUUGAUAUUUUAAGAGACAUGACUCUAAUUUAGAUGUAACUUGCUUACUCAACAACUGUUCGAAAAUUUUAUUAACAGCAUUUAGAACAGUCAUUGGUCUGUAGUUCUUCUUAUUACUUUUAUCGCCCUUCUUGAAGAGGGGAACCUAUUCACCUAACUGAGCGAUUUCACGCGCGCAAAUUGGACAAGAACCACAACAUGGUCUAUAUGAGUGCAGAUCAUGGAAAUGACGCGAGCGAUGGUGUUUCCAUCUCUUUUUCUUGCGCGCCCUAUUUUCUGAGAAAGUUAACUAAAAAUCGGCCUAAAAAUCUGUAAAUGGUACUGUAAAAAACUAAUCUACAACAAUUUCACAUGGUCUAUAUCUUUAUCGACCAUAUAACUAAUGUCAAAAUGUACAGAACUUUAAUGUAGUGAAACCACUCAGCUACGGCUUGUGGUUCCACUUGAGUUUAGACUAUUUUGAUGUCAUUUCUAUGAUCGAUAAGAGUACUGACCAUAACAAAUUGUUGUAUAUUUGCAUGGGCACAAGGGAGGUGCUCGCUCCAGGUUAUAAGCUCCUGCUCAGUUACAUUGGCGGUUUGAAAUAGAAGCCCAUAACUUGGAGCGAGCAACUUCCCUGUGCCCAUGUAACACCGUUUUCACAGACCACUUUUUCCCGCGAGUUUUGAAUAUCAAAUAUCAGUAAACAAAAAUCGGAGACUAGAAAAAAUUAUUUCUGAUGUUUUGACAGCAUCUACUUCUCUUUGUUAUUAUCGUUUGAAAAUAUCAUCCUUUUAUCGUAUAGUUUCACCCGGUGCUUCCAUGAUACAUAAAUACAUUGAUCAUAAAAAAUGAUAUAUUUUUGGUUACUUUUCUCCAAGGUUAAUGUAGUUUCCUUCAACACAGAAGCUUCAACGGAUGGUGGUUCUGACGUCACGUCUUGUUUCAGUGAGCGAUUAGCUCUAGCUGUUCCUGAGAAUAAAAGAAGCCUGAAGAAAUACAUUGAUGGACCCAAGUUUAUUGCUCAACGUAAGUCUAAUAGUUUUUCACUAUCAUGUUUCACUUCGGCAAGCUCCCUAGCCUGCGUAGCAGUCGUUUCCGUUUCCUGUAGGCUAAUUGGGCAAGUGCAAAAGAGCACAAGGAAAAAAAUGAGAAAAAGGUAAAAGAGAAAGGGUGGGGGGGGGUAGGAAAGGAAACUGUUUCUUCUUUCUCCCUGGCUGUUUGGGCAGCCAUGUGACAAGUAGCGGCAUCAAGGUCCAACUAUUGCUGUCCUGCUAGGAAUCAUGAUCAUCAGCAACCUGCACCGGACAGCGACAUGGCUGGAGACAAACGUGGGCUGCUGCCCAUAUAAAUGACUGUAGAGUAUAUCAUUUGCCCUCUCAAGCUAAAUUCCGGUUGUUGAUUUAGCGACUCUGUCUGUGGUUAAAAUGGAGACUGCCACGUCCUCUCUAGUUUUCCUAUAACUUGGAAAAAAAGCGGCAAAUAGCGAGCGAAGUAAGCGCCAGCGAAAAGCCCGACGGGGUGUGAGAUUGAGACCCACUUCACCCCAUACUCUGCAUACUCCCUUCCACUUUGCAUUUUUAACAACCAGAAUUACGAGAAAAUAUUUGUAAAAGUAAUUGAAAAGUUAAGUCUGUAGUAUAGAGGAUUUUAUUUCUACCAGUCCUACUGUAUUUUAACGAGCUUGUUCGGCGAUCGGAGUCAAAAUGAUGACGAUUUCAAAAAACAUCUCAGCAAUCACAGCCUAAAUUGUCCAAAAAGAGACCAACAAGAGCCGCAUUAUCCCAUUAUGGCUCUUGCAGACCAGUCAUUCAACGUACGCCACGUCCACACAAAUCUAGGUAUUUUUGUGCACCCGCAUUUUUUUAACAUGCACGAAUCGAUCGAUCUUUCGCACACACAGUAACCAGUUAAAUCGCUCACCGAAACUGCAUUUUUGAUUUAGGACCCUGCUUGAAUGUGUUCGAGAUGGUAACGGAACUCGCAGUGGAAUAUUCGUUUCCUGUCCACACGAAUCCGGGAAACAAAAUGUAUGUGGUUUCAAAAAUGUCCGGUUUCGUGUAGACGAGGUAUCAUAUUAGUAUAGGUAAUCACAUGAUUUUCUCUUGCAAUUUGGACUAAAUAAGCACGAGUAAAUUUUUCAAAGACCAACAAGAGUGCAUGAGCACGUAGGGCGAGUGCACUUUGUGGUCUUUGAAAAAUGUACGAGUGCUUAUUUAUUCUGCCAAUCAGAAACCAUUUGUAAUUUGCACUUGGUCAAGUUUAAAGUAGGAAUAGACUAAGGAUGGCAACCCAAUAACCCCGAACGAGGCGGUUCUGACAUCGAUGAUGGGAUUUGAAACAGCAAUAUGGUUCUCUAAACGGCCUAGACGUAUCAACUGAUGGCCCCUUGAUGUUUUUGCCGAAAGCAUUUUAUUUUUGUUGAGCCUGUUACAAUUAUGAGAAUGAACGCCUCCUAUCUAUCAAACACCUCUGCUUGGAACCCUAAAAUUAGAUAGACGCCCCGGCGUUUAUUAGAUCAUUUACAGUAUUCUCUUCCGCGUCGGCAACCUACCUACCUCCCCAUAUUAUGCGAAAUUAACUUUACCUAUUUAUUGAUUCAUGACUCUUCAGGUAGAUCUGUUUAUCAAGUGGGAUUGCUAAAGGCCUUUGAUCUGUUGAAAGCUUCUGCUGUUGGAGAAUCUGACAAAACUAAGAGGAGAAUUAUUUUAUUUCUCACGGAUGGCGAUCCAACAGAUGAUAGAGAUUUGAUCUUCAAAACGAUAAGAGACAAGAACUUGGAGCUUAACAACUCAGUCAUAAUUUUUACGUUUGGAAUUGACACGCAUAAUCCUGAAAUCCUCACAGACAUUGCCAAUCAAGAUACAACAAAGUAUGGCUAUCCGCGAAAUGUGUCUGUUGGAGAUGUAACGGUAAAGUACAAGUAGAUAAACUUUUCACCUUUGCAAGGGUAAUUCGCUUACAUGUAAGGCAGCUUCCUUGUCAAAUCUCAGAUGCAUUCAAUUGUAUUGUAACGUUUUCGGUUUAAACGCGGCAGUUUCAAAACUUAAAGAAAAGCUAGCCCCGGUGAGUGCCUAGUAAUGAUCCCAGAAACACUUGUGGGGGGUAAUUUCGACUUCAGUUCCCUUAUCGUUUCUAAAGUGACGAAUUGUUUAUGACAAAAUUCGAUUGACCCGCGAUGAACACACUUUUGCAAAAUUAGAGCAUAAGAGAUCCUACUUUUUAAAGAAAAUCGCUCGAUGUAUGAUACUAGAGCGUGAGCAACCUAUCGUCAUAGACGUAGUGUCUUAUCUAGAAAGUAGAAGUUCGUCGUCAAGGGUUUAAGGUUGUUUUGAGGUCCAAAGCAUUUAGUUUCUUUUGUAUGCUAGUCACGUUCUUAAUUAAUCGUCUUAAGAUAGUUCAGUUCAAAAACCGUAUACUUUUGAUAUUACUAGCUUUCCUUAAUAUUUAAUUAGGUGCCAGAAGAUCCUCAAUCUGUAAGUCACAGCUUUUUGUACGCUUUUCCUCAUUAGCAUGGACAGUACACCGCAGUAACGGAAGAUAUUAACUUGCUGCGAACUAAGAUGGUAUCAUACUAUAAUUUUCUUCCUCGAGCGCGACUGGAUCAACCAGUAGUGUCUGUCCCGUAUAUUGAUGGAUUUGGAACAGGUAAUGUUUGUCUCUUAACUCAACGCGCCCCUCCCCCUCCCCCACCACCACAACAACGUUAAAUAGCUAAUAUAAUAGGGUGAAAGAUACUUCUUAGUUUUGGCGCAAAAUGUAAGCUUUUGUAUAAAAUUUAUAGUUCCACAUGUAAUAGUACAAAAUUGACGUAGAAACGUUUCUAAGAUGGCUUCUUAGAGGUUGAAGGAUGUUUCGGAGGACGAUUUUACGUCAUUGCAAAAAGACCCGCGAAUAGUCCUCGCGUAAUAUAAACACAUUUAAAAAUGGGGCAUUAUUGUCUCUCGCUUUUGUUAAACUAGCUUUUUUGAACUUGAUGGCUGCACAACUUUCAAUAGGUUUCAUUUUGUUGUUAUUGACCAAUUAAUACUUAGCACUAAAUUAUUCAGUCACAAUUUAUAAACAAAAAACAAAAGAUUAAUUGUGCACCGUCAAGAAGUUGCAUGAAGAUAAAUCGUAGAUACUCUUGUUUUUGAGCCAUCUUAGCUAAAGAAGAAACAAAAAGCAAAAUGCAGUGAUAAAUAUAAGGAAAUAUAAACGCAUUUUAGGAAAGAAAUAAAACUUUAACUCGACAUUUCUUAUGUUCCUCCGACCAACAAUACUUGAAUCACGAAAUCUGAUGCCCUUUUCUCCUAUUUCCCCUUUCAAGGAAAAGCGAAAAUAAGACCUCGCUAAAAACGCGAAGUUAAGUACCUGUGAAAUUAACUGUACUAAUAAGGUAUUUGGUGGUGGGAACAGGUAAAAAUGGAAUUAAGGAGGAGGAGGAAUUAAGAACUUGAAGAAUUUUUUUUCUCUUGUGAUCAGGUCUUCUGAUGUCGAUCACUCUUCCAUGCUAUGAUAAAACAGGAAACUUCAUUGGCGUAGCAGGGACAGAUAUCAACCUGGAGGACCUUCUAUCUGACAUCACAUUCUUCAAUCAGGACCAGACAACCUACGCUUUUAUGAUCGCUAAAACAGGAAGGACCUUAAUUCAUCCUCUUCUGCCAACACCUUCUGGAGCGUAUGAAGACCCUUUUUUCAUAGACAUUAGGACCCUGGAAUCUGAUUCGCAGUUCCUUGAGGUGUUUGCUUCUAUGACAAGGUAUGCAUGCAUGUGCUUUCGUUUUAGCUAUUUGCUCUUUUUUUCUAUGUGUCAGUGGCCUUAAACUAUGAACAAGACAAGGCAAGGUGAGCUGAGAGAGACGUGAAUGUCGUCCCAUGAGGUCAGCAACGUGCUGACGUGUUUAUAUCUGCAUACAUUUCUUUGCGUAAAAGAUACUAUUCAGUAAUCAUGGAAGCUUGCUUAUGCUAAAACGUUUUCCUGCCUCGCCUGGAGAUUAGGGUGGGGUGGGCUGGUGUCGAUCUUUGUUUGUUUGCUUUACACUUCUAUUUGACUUUGGUGACUCUUCUGUUUUAAACAAACAGGGGUGAAUCUGGAUCAACAACUUUCGUAGCCACACGGUAUUUACCGCGAGGCGGUGACAUCAAAGACGGAGUGGUAGUAAAGCAGCUUAAUUCAUCUUAUUUUUGGUCUCCAGUGGAAAAGACGGAUUUUUCCAUUGGUGUGGUUAUACCUGUUACCCAUGUAAACGAGGUGUUAAACACUUUACAAAUUCCCAAAGGUAAGGAUGGUUUCAGUUUAACAAGUUCAACUCAUCAUCGUCCCGCAAUUCUACUCUUGUCCCCUAAGGAUAGUCCAAGUCUUAAGGCCAGAUAUCAGUUAAUUGUUAGUUGUGAUGGGGUGUGUGUGUGUGUGGGGGGGCAGGGUUGCCACGCCUGGUGCUAAUCGUUCAUUGUCAUAAACGUAUGUUUGCCUCCAUUGAUUCAGGUUACUCUUUCAAGUAUCAUCGAAUAGACUUGGAUCCACCUCAACAUCCUUGCUUGCAUUUCGGAAAUAUUGUAACUAGCGGUGAGUAUAAUUAAAGUACUGUUAUAUAGCUUGUAAAUAGGGAGUUUGAAUCAAUAUUUCCUUUAUGCCUUGUAGCUUCUUUGAUCCGUGAGCACCCUGCCAGCAGAGUCUCCUUUUGUCUUGUCCAUUGAGGAGGAGAAAAUGAGGCUCUUCCUGAAUCACGUGAAGCCUUUAAUUGAAGCAGCGGUAGCCUGUCAGUUUUGAUUUUCCCUCGUCAAACUGGGUUUUGGGUAGCCUGCGUAGCUAGCCUUUCCAAUCGAGUUAUUGCGCGAAAGUAAGAGCUGGAGUAGAAAAAAAUUGAAGGCCCUAGAUUCACUCAACAUGGCGCAUAGGGGGAAGACGCUGCAAGAAAAUGUCGUGGGAUAGCAUGGACUGACCAAGAUGUUAAGGAAUUAAUUGAACUUUUCGUCCACCAUGUUUUAACAGAGGAAGCAGCAUGUGCACUAGGCCCAAUCGAGUACGCUGGCCGAGAUGUUGAGCUUUUUAACCGUACUAAAUCAUAAUUCCACAUCGCUUAGCACAGUUGACAAAAGGACGUGUAAAUGAGUGAUCAGUACUAUUUUUUUGGUACGCGUACCACUUUCAUCCGAGCCGUGCAAAAAAUUUCCUGCCGUGUAAAUGGGGCGUUCGUUUCAAACGUCGAGCUUUUCAUGUGCCGAACCUAAUGUACAAAUUAUUCUACCGAUCAAUGGAUUCAGGAUUACGUAUGACUGCGCCACCUGCCAGCUCAGUUCAAUUUGCUCUUGCUCAACCAAGAGAUCGGAUGUUUUAUUUGACCCCCCCUGCCCGUGUUAGAAAUUUGGUAGAGAACCACACCAACGGACGCUGCCCCGUAAGAGAGGAACAAAGUUUUGGAGCUUUUUAAGUCACACGUUGUCUUCAUCGGUGAAAUCACAAGAACCACAAGCAACGGUAUAGUACAUAUAGAUUUAGGAGACAUGGUAAGAAAUCCUGAAGUCUUGUCUCUAGAGCCAGAAAUUGGCAGCAAAAAAGGAAAAAAAUCCCAAUCCUGAAGGGAAUGACUCUCACCAAAAAGUAACAAAGCCCAGAGGCAGCAAAUUGACUGAAACGCCUAAAGGCGAGAGAAAGCAAAAGAGAGGGCAUGACGAACAGGAUACGGCAAGCGAAGGCCCGAGCGAUAAUGGCGCCAAAGUUGUUAUUUCGCCGCACUCAGCAAAGCUUGUCUAACCGCAGCCUACUAUACAAGACACAUUGCUGGCGACAAUGCAAGCGGGUUUCGAUUUCCUUGCGAAUAUCUUACAAGAAGAGAAGGCUCGAAAGAGUGAAAAAAGGCCAGCACCCUCAGAACAGCUGGCAGGUCGCGCAAUCUUACUUGAUCCCCUAAUACCGUAAUGAUGAGGUAGAACUGUUGUCGAUUUGUUAAAUUGUUACCUUCAUUUUGUUCACGUAGAUACAACCGUUGUAAAAUUUGCCCCACUGGCAUUUAUGGACCCUUACAGAUACAUUGGCAUGAACGAAACCACAGUUGACGUGAAGAAGCUUCAUGAUUUUAUGAUGGGAAGAACUACUUCGAGUGAAUAUCAGAAGUUAAGACCAGACAUCCGUGACACCGUCAUCGCUACCUGGAAGGCGGAAAAUCUGUGGCUACGUGAUAAAACUGAGCUUACUCAAUACUUGGUUUGGCGAUACAUUGGAACAGCCAAUGGAGUUUUUAGAGCGACUCCUGGUGCUGUGGAGCAAAAAAGCUAUGAUCCCAGAAAUAGGCCUUGGUAAGCGUGUGGCUUUCAGUAAAGAAAGAUCUCCUUGCUAGACAGAGUGUUGUUUGUAAAACAUUUAUGUUAUUCUGAACGGCCUUGCCAAAUUGGUCUUGAUAUAUUACAGCGGUUACCACAAACACGCGCCCUCGACUGUGAAGGAUUUUUCCUCUCUGUUGAAAGCUGGUUUUUCGUGGACGUCAAUCAACUGUUUCCAUGGUUUUCUCACGCGCCCAUGCAGACUGAGAAGGUUCUCUCAUCGCUGAAUGAUGGGAAAAGACUAACAAGAAUAAUUUCGAAUGACGACGGCGUUUUUACUACUUCAUCAAGAUGAAGGAUUACAUUAUUAAAACAACGAGGUCUGUGCGAGCUGAUUGAAAUAGCCGAAACACUCCUCUACAGUUUGCGUGAAUGUUUUCAGGUUGUUUAUUUAAUUGUAUGAAAACACGGGAGCCGUGGAAGAAUUGCCAAGGAGUAGAAACUCAAAAAAAACGAAAGAUCUCACACGGACAGGCGAAAAACGCUUCCUCUAUGAAAUUCAAAUGAAUUUGAAACCUGCAGAUCUACUUAAUAUCAUUCUUCAUGUUAUCGAAUAAAAUCCAGAACUAGCGAGAACUCAGACGAGUUGUGAGCGUAUAUUGAGAAAGCGUAUGUUGUUGUAACCUACAGUAUGGAAUUUAGUCUUUAAUUUGAUCUUCCCCCGAUAAACACUCAACAAAUUAGUACUCCUGGUAAUCUUGAUAUAAAGGAGUUUCAGAUGUUCCUCUUAGUGUUCAAGAAACAGGGAAAGAAUCUUUUCUUGGCCAACGCAUGAAAACCAUGGUAACGGUUGAUUGACGUUCACCAAACAGCAGGUUUGAACCGAAGGAAAAACACUUUGAAGGCGCGUGUUAGUGGUAACCGCUGCGAGAUAACAGCCUUAGAAAACUAUUAGGUGAAAAAAUAAUACUACAAAAUAUAGACUGCUACUACUACUACUACUACUACUACUACUACUACUACUACUACUACUACUACUACUACUACUACUACUACUACUACUACUACUACUACUACUACUACUACUACUACUACUACUACUACUACUACUACUACUACUACUACUUCUAGUUUUCGUAAGGCCGGUACGGUGUUAAGGUUUGCGAAACACGUAUUUCUAGUUUGAAUGAUAUUCUUUUCUUCUCUGCAGGUAUUACGCUGCAGUAAGUAACUCAGGCCACCUUACUCUUACAACUCCGUAUCUGGAUAUGGGAGGAGCCGGGGAAGUUAUUACCGCUGCUCGUUCUUUGUAUCAUGGAGAGUCGAGUGAUAAUGUUCUUGGAGUAAUGGGAGCUGAUUUUCCUUUGAGACACUUUCACAGGUAUCCAAUGGUAUAAGUGUAGAAUACUUUGCUACAAAAAAUUGUUUUCAUGGGGCUUUCAAACUUUGAUAUGUAGUACAACUCUUUAUGUCAGUGGUGAAAUCCCACAAAUAUACUUUUGCUGAACUUUGUUCUUAUAAUAAUAAGUUUAUAACAUUCAUUCAAAAUUUCCCCCUUUCUGAUUGGCUCAAAUCCCCCGACUGAUUCUUCAUAACCAGCUGAUGUUGACCAAUUUUGAAAGAUUUUAGCCGAUAUAAAGGAAACUGACGUCAAUUGUACAAAUAUGAACAGAAAAUGGAACAGCAAAGGGGGCGGUGGCUCAGCUGUUUUGACAGUGCUGGAGAAAAUAGUGGAACACUCGUGAAUUGAAGAUAAAGAAAAGAGGCGUCUCGCCGGUACCCAUUUAUACACAUGGAUAAAUUGAGGCAUUGUCAGAUUUAAACUGUUUCCCAAGAUAAAACAACGAAAUUACCCGGCAGGGCUCAAAAUCCACAUCUCAUAAUCUGCAAUUGGAGUCCAUGGAAUAUGCCAUAAAGCCACUGCGCCUCUCGUUCAUUAAGUGAGUUUGAAUUACAUAUUUCAGGUUACUUACAACGGUUUAUCCCAAGUGCGCACAAUCACUGCAGUACUCAUGUUUCAUUAUGGACAACUCUGGAUUCCUCGUAAUGCACCCGGAUUUCAUGUUGCCCUCAGCUGAAGCUAUCGAAGUGGAGCACGUUCAUAUCACCCAAAAGGAAAAGAGCAUGGCAAUUGAUUUAAUUAACCAUGGCUACUUAAUAAAGAGAACGUGUCGAAAUGUGGAAAGUAUAAGAGAGCAGAGUUUUUAUGAACUUCAUUUGCCCCCGGAUGGAUUCAGUCAAUUACAUUCAAACCAGGGCUGCAAAUAUGAGCUUAGUCAAAUACCUGGAACAAACGUCUACUUAGGUUAGAUACUGAGAUGAUCUUAGUAAUAUAAUACUUUAGGGCCAAUUGCUCGUUAUAGGAAUGUGGCACCUAUUUGUAAAAGAAAUGGGGAGAGGAAGGGGUGAUAUUUCACGCACGUGAGUCAAUUAAGUAUUCAGCGCUCUUGCGAACCUCGAUCAGUUUUUGUCUUAAAUAUAGCAAAGAUAUGAUCAAAGCGCCUCAGUGUCUCAUACAUAAAUAACUUUAACUUCUGCAAUUCAAAGUUAGGGAUACUUAAGCAAAUUCAAAAGAAAAAUUUUAGGCAAAAACGUCUUUACAGUUGUACAACGGUAAGAUUUAAAAAUGUCAAGCAAAGUUUUCAAAAUGGUGUUCAUUUCCCUCAUUAUAUGAGAAAACGUGCAUGGAUACGCUACAGCGGAAUAGACGCUUAAGAACACUUGGGCAUAAGUUUGCAUUGACGAAAAAGUGACCUUCGGAGCUAAAAAAGGUUGCUAAAACAGUAUAAGAUUAGAUAGCGUAGGCACUUAUUGCAAAAUUGAUCUAGGGCUCCACUUUUUCUCACAAAAGAUGGUUGAUUACAUCGGACUAGCUUUAAACUGAAUCAUUUUGUUGGUCCAUCUCAUAACAAAAUAGUGCUGGAUGCAAGUUAUAUACACGUCCUUUUAGAGAACGGUAGAAUUAUACUGGAUUGGACAUUGAUGAUUUAAAACUUUCAGGCACAUUCAAACGGAUCGAUUAACAUCUAAAUAUGCUCGAUAUUUCAACCGGCCUUGAUAGGGCUUGGUCAUGCAUAGUACUGAGAUCCACACUUUUUGUCAAAGCUCAGCAAUGAUCCCUUUCAAUCUUGACCGUUGAAAGAUAAAGAUAUGCACUUAUUUAGUUGAAGUAUGAGUGGCAGCGUGAUUCAACCAUUGAACCAUUAUUUCAGAAUUUUCUUUGAUUGUAAGGUGCCUUUAGGGUUUUUAAGUAACCGAAAAAUCGUGAUAUAGCUCCCUUUAUAUGUAAUUAAGUAAGGUCAACCUGGCUUCCUUCUCUGCACAGGUGUUGUCGCGCGAGAUUCCCUCUGUGUUUCAUCGUCCUGCUCGUGCUCUUCAGAUAACGAAUGCUCCAGAUUGACUGGUUUGAAGUGUGAAUGUCCCUGUACCUCCACUCUGGAAUUUUUUUAUUGUCGGAGUCAGUUUCCAAACAGCAGGUUAGUCAACAUAAUCCAAAGUCCUUUUAUAUUAAAUGAGGAUGAUUAAUGGUUGGCCAAAAUGCAGCUUUAAAAGUAAUUUUCAAUAACAUGCGACUUGGAGUCAAAUAAUUAACCAGCGGCUGUAAUCUUUGCUUUCUUCAAUCAAAAUUACGACGAACAGUGAAACAAUCCAAUUAGAACGAAAUUCACCAACUAGAACCUAGUAAAGGCGUGAACUGAAAACCGGAUGUUUCCUGAAAGGUCUUCUUUGGUCAGAUUCAGACGAAAAACGUAAAAUGUUGGUUAAUUUUUUUUGCCUUAGGGGUCGCAUAUUAUUAUCAUGAACAUUAUCAUUUAAAACAAAGUGAUUUUUUGCUAUUUGUAAAAGGAACCAACAGAUCUUUACAGUAUGAAACCUUCAUCGAACCAAUAGCCUACUGGCAAAAUAUAUACAUCACCACCAACAUUAACAGUUAAAAGUCUUCACGUUGUAGGGGCUAUGUCACACUAUGAAUUUUGCUAUCUUUUUGAAAAGUUAAAAAAUGUUUUCUCUUCAAUUGAAUUCUAUAAAUAAUGGUCCAGUUUUGUUAUUUAAGACUAUAUUUAUGCAUUUAAACUGUUUCCUGUUGUCAGUUGCUACUGAUGGCUAGGAUGGACAGGGAUCGAGAAUUGAAAAAGCUGGGCCAACCUUUUCAAGACCAAAUGCCUGGGGGGAAAAAUCACUAAAAAAUAUUAUGGCUAGUGCUCCCUAAUGAUCUUUCAGUUUAAUAUCUUCUUCAACUGCAGGAACAUUUUAUGUAUGGGUAAAGGCACUAAGUAAUAACUUCAGCACAGAUUUGACCUUAAACAGCAAUAUAGCAGCAUGGCAACAUAGUCUCUUAUAUCAUCUGUUCUUAUAAAUGGCUAAUUAACGACUACAAAAAUAUCAUAACAUACCAUAUUGCGCUUUGUUUAUCACCCCAAAAUUUUGCAUAAGCAUUGUGUUCAGUUUCUCUUGGGGCCUUAAAAAUUCCCGAGAGAAACUGAAGACAAUGCUUAUGCACAACGUCGGGGUGACAAAUAAACAGCAAUAUGGUAUGUUAUGGUAUUUUCUGUAGUCGUCAAAAGCAUUUUUUUACGAAAAGUAGGGAAAUUGCCUAUAAGUGGCUGCAACAGAAAAUGAGAAUUUCACCUAGGAAAGAACAGAAGAGGCUGUCAAAAUGCAGUGAACUCAUAAGAUUUAAGAUUAAUUACGCAGGAACAGUUAAUGAUUUAGUUGGAAACAAGGCUAUAAUACCUCAUCCAGGGGUAGAUUUAUUAUGUGGUAUAUAUGUAGAGUUUUGGAUGUCAAGGAUUGAGUACAUCAUACUCGGGUGAUAUAAGUUCUGUAGCCGUAUCUACAGAGUUUCGGUAUAAGGCUAGAAUGUCUCAUGCUUAACAGGUAGAUAUAACUUGUUGUAUCUGCAGCUGAAUCAUCACCUUUUGUAAGAAUCUAAUUGACUGAUUUCUUUGCUCUACUUUGUUUUGUAUAGCCUUCCUUUAUGCCCAACAUUUGCACCUUCAGGACAACCUAACAGUAACCCUUUAAAUCCCAAAACGAUUUGUCUUAACAAAUGCUUUGAUUCCCAUUGCGAGAGAAAAAAUAGUUCGCAUUGGUGUGAUGGUAUAGUUAGUUGUUAUUGGUGCCGGAACGACAAGAACGGCAGAAAAUUGGAAAAACCCUACUGCGCAAGCUCCGAACGCUGUUUCAGAGGAAUAGAGUCUGCAACUUAUGAACGUAAGAGCACUUUCUUGACAGACCUU